GUUGCGCCGCCUUCCUGCCUGUCUUGCUCUCGUGCUUCGGCAUGUGGGUGGGGAUAGCCUUGGGGACGCUGCUGGAGCGCUUCGGCCCAGUGAACGUUCAUUCUCGUGACUUGCAGCAGCUCUUGCUCCUUGGCCAUCACUCGGACUUGGCCUUCCUCGCCUGUCAAAGGCUUCUGAAAGCCAUGGGUCGAUGGUCUAAACUCUUGUAUGUCUGCCUGGGGGUGGACUCCCAAACGCAUGGCGCCUUUCUCGCGUCAAAGAAUGGCUCGGUUGACGGUCAUGCCCUCUCUACCAUGAUUGGCGGCCUCAGCACUGAUGCUCGUUGUUCAGAUGCCAGCCGCCUCCACGAUCGGCUCUUGCUCGUCGUCUGGGAUGGUCUUUCCCCACAGAUGAAAGCGAUGCUCAUGUUGCUGCCCGACUGCUCAUGCUUGGCAACACUCGUUGCGCUGAAGUUAAGCAACGCCGUCACAGAUCCACUUGGAAUGUGCGAGGUGUUGAAGCCGCAGCUUGGGCAGCUGAAGAAGCUGGCUAGUUCUCGUGUUCGUGCAUGCUUGCUCACGCCUGCAUUCAACUGUCUUGUUUUCGCCCCCACCAGGGGGCGUACCACUGCUCUCCUCUCCUUCAUCGUGGGUGCUUAUGCAACGUACAACCUUAUGAAUGACUCAGGUGGCCCUCACAGCGAGGCCGACAUGGAGCAGGAGGCUAUGGUGUGGGAUCCUGGCCUUCAGUCAUUGCUUUUCCUCUUCGGGGAUUUCCGUUGGGUUUUCUUAGUGCCGGGGUUCUGUGCGUUAGUCGGAACCGGCCUGCACUUGAGAUCUGAGUGGGCAGCUCGGGUCAUGGGACCUGUUUCUCGCAGCUGCCACAAUACCGUCAUGAAAUCGAGGUAUUGCGCACUCGUUGUGUUCGUGAGCUGGCUUGCACUUGUGCCCUUUGCGGCUGUUGUCAGGGCAGGCUUCCAAGGCUGUUGCGCGGUGAGCUUGGCGGAGGAGGGCUUCCUGGCUAGCUACAAGCAGUCUGCAGAGCAGCAAGAUGAAUCGGAAGAGCGACUCAUCUCGGGAGUGGAGAAGCUUAUUGCAAGAGCUCGUCGCCAGCCGGGCUUCGAUUUUCUUCAAGGGCUUCAGAGUUUCAUCGACAAGGAGAGGGCAUCGCAGCGCACGGUGCAAUACAGACCUUGGCCAGGUGACCAGCAGGACGCCGAUUACCGGAACCAGGGUUCGUCUUGGAACAGGUGGCAUGCUCAUGGCAAUACCCAUGGCGAGAGCCCGCUGGACCCUCAGAGUGCUCCAUCCAGAUGGGACGCGCGGCGUGCCAAACAGCGGCGAGACAACGAUGCCAACGACGGCUGGAAUCACGUGCAGUGGCGGCCGCGCCAGGCCGAUUGGGAAAGCUCCCAGACCCAGGAGGUGCACGUAGUUUGUGGGCAAAUCGAGUUCUCCAAAGCCCUCGACGACUUCAAGGAUGAAGCGUUCGUCGUGCUCACCAGGGAUUAUAGCGACUACGAGGCAUGCACUGCCUUAGCUGAGGGUGAACGGAAUCCCAUGGUCACGCUGAUCUUCCCAACGGGACAGCAUUGGCCUGAAGAGAUUCCCAAACCGAAGGCAUUGAGAGUUCCGGGCACUUUGCAGCGUGCAAUUCAAGUCCGAACAUGCUUGGCAACUUCCUUUGUUGAAGGUUCCCCGACUUUGCAGUCGGUGAAGCAGGUGCAAGCUCCUUCUGUCAAGGUUUUCAGGCCUCCUCCUAAGGAUGCCACCGGUCCUGCUCGACGACAAGGCUGGGUUGUGAGACUGAUUUGUCCGUGGGCGUAUCAGAACAUUUCCACAGAAGAUUGGAAGCGCAUGACUGCGCAACCGGGUUCUGCAGCUAGAGCGUGGGCUGGGCAACAUGAGACUACUAUGACCCAGCUUGGCGACACAUUCGGCUUUGAGCUUAGGGAUGGCCACUCGAGGUAUGCCCAACUUCGAGGCCUGUUGCGUGUGCGCUCUGUCGAUGCAGCCAUGAAGCUCCUCCGAGCCAGUGGCAAGUCAUGUGGGAGUGGAAAGCGGUGGUUUGUUGAGCCGUUGUACGGUGAACUGCCGCGUCUUGAGCAGGGCGUGCUAUGGUACAACUGGGAGGACCGAGAGGAUUGGCAAACCUUCGCCAGUCGUGUCGCUCGUCUCUCUGAGCAUGGAGUUGUACUCGGCAGGAGCCAACUUGGCUCUAGGGUCGCAAGGGGAGAUUCCAGACUCAAGGACAAGCCUAGUACAUGGAGGGCAUCCAAAGUGCCACGCGAGUGGCAUGGGGACAUGGUGGUGGAAGUCUUCGAGUCAGUAGGCUUUCGUCACGCCGAGGUCCACCAGAAGUUGAACCGCAAUCGGACUACGGACUGGAUCGUUCGGGCCGUGCCGCCCACCGAUGCUGAGUUGUUCCAGCCCAGUUUGCAAGAUGCCACAGGUACGGUCCACGCCAUCGAUCUCAUCAAAGAGGCACGGCGCCGGAAGUACAGCAACAACUCGAGAGCGUUGCCAGGGGAAAUCGCCAUUUCCUUUCGGACUGAUUCUUCUGUGCGUCGUGACAAGCGCUCCAUGCCGGAGCCUCCCCAGACGGCUACGACAGGUGAUCAGGAAAUGGACGCCAAGACCGAGGAGGAGGAUGCACAGGCCAAGCGUGCCAAAACGACGACACCAGAGGCCAAGGCGCAGGUUCGCCCACAACUUCAGAAGGCUAAGGGCCCAUGGCUGCCUGAUGGAGGCAAGCGCAUCCCCAACGAGGGGAAGGGCGACUGCAUGAUGUUAGCCGUCGCGGAUGCGCUAAAGCGCUACGCUCCCGAGGAAAAGGCCUCGGGCAGAUCCGUCCGAGCCUUUGUGGCCACUUGGUACCAGAGACAUAUGGAGGAGUACGGGGGCAUUUGGGAUGGCAUCAAACCAGGGGCUAAGGACAAAACAGCGUCUGGUGAUUGGACAGGGUCGUUCAAGGACUAUGUCGCCGGCAUCAAACUCUGCGGCACGUGGUGCUGUUACAUGGAGCUGACGGCGUUGGCUCACGCACUGAGGCGGGAUUUCUAUGUCCUCAACUCUAAGGGCGAGGUCAAGUCCUUUUGCCAUGUGGGCGAACACAGGCCAAUUUGCCUUUACUCUGAUGAACAGGUCGGACACUACGAGUGGAUCGAGGGCGACGUUGAGGAUGAGCUCAAGUUCUGGGCCACCCCUCAUGAGGGCACGCGGUUCGUUGGAGGAGGCAAGAGUACCCCCGAGCGGGACUUUGUCCAAGAGCAGUGCACGGAGGGUGUUGCGCGGGGCUUCUUCAGGGUCUUCGUGAGCACUGGCUCCUCUCCGCGCUGCCACACUCUCCGGUGUGCUACCUUGAAUGUUGGCCGUUCGGGCCACAUGAAGAGACAGGAGAUUUUCUCCUUGGCAUCGGACCUCGAUCUGAUUGCCUUGCAGGAGGUGGAUCUGCAUGUCACAUCCGCCCCAGCUUUUGUUAAGUUUUGGAAGGCGCGUCGCUUUCAGGUGCGUCUUGCGGAGCCGGUGAAUGGCAUCCAUCGCGUGGCGUUGCUCUCCAAAGUCGCCUUAAAGACCGUACAGCUCGACAUUGGAGAGAAGCACAGGUGUGUCGCCACGGCGAUUGCUACAGACCAGCCCAUUUUAUUAGCUGCGUGUUACGGCUUUUCUGAUGAUCCUCCUAGAGCGCGCGCUUUUGCAAAGGAGGUCACGGAAGCCUUGCAUGUUUUUGGCAGUGAGUCCUCCGCUCCCGCCAACUCGCCAUCCUGGAAGUCGCCGCAUAGACACUUUGCCCCAAAGCGAUUGGUCCUCAACAGAGUGGGUGAGGCUACUGAGGCGGAACUCCACGCCCGUUGGGCCCGUCUUUGGCAAGCGCCCUCCUUUGCACAAGCUCUUGAUGCGUGCGACGUUGAUUUGGCUUGGAGCCUACUCUCCGAUACCGCGGAGGGGGUUUUGUCCGGCACUGAUGGCAACGACCUGGCUGGUGGCACUUUGCGGUCGCAGAGUUGGAGGCCUCGUCGUGCACACGCCGGGCAUCGCGACAUGGCUUCGCCUGAAACCGUGGCUCUACGAAGGCUGCGCCGCCUUCUUCGUCGAGCUCUUCAGUAUCAGCGGCAACCUUCAGUUGAUCUUCUUCGUCAUCUUCGUCGUGAUGUGAGACAGCUUCAGUCCAAGUUCGGGGAGCUUAAAGAUGCCCCUGACGUCACCGCUACAGCCUUCUGUGACCUGCUCCACAACCUUGUUGAGCACCGUGCCAGCAGUGAGCAACAGCAGUGCCUUAACACGUGGAGGGAUAGGAUGAGAAGCUCUGAGAAGGAGCGCCGCCGAUGGGUGAAAGGUAGGACUCAGGACUUCAAGGAGUACUGCAGACACCAGACCGAGACCAUCAAGCCGGGUGUUUCCUUUCGUUCCUCACACCCUGCUCGGGUGUUGCAGCAGGCGGAAGGUGAGUGGACCAAAGUUUGGACUGCUGGUGAGGUCCAUCCCAACAGCUACCGUCGGAUGCUCGAGCAAGUUGAGCGUCCACCUCCACUUGACUUCCAGGCCGUCUUUGAUGGUCCUACUUUGCUACAGCUCGCGAAGCAGGCUGCGGGCAAAGCAGGGGGGCCGGACAGCUGGCUCCCUGACCAGCUCACGCAAUUGCCCAUUGAGUUCUGGCACGGCGUGGCCUCACUGUGGAGGCUCGUGUUCAGCACAGGCCGCAUCCCUUCGAGGUGGCUUGAAAGUAGGGUGUGCUUGAUCCCGAAACCUUCGGGAGACCUCAGACCGUUGACGGUCACGUCGGUUCUGUGGCGCCUCGGCACCCGCUCCCUGGUGCAACAGCUUCGCCCGUGGCUGCUGACGUGGCUGGACCACCACACGUUGGGAGGGGUCUUCGGCAGCGGAGUCCUCGACGCUCACUUGUUGCUCCACGCUGACUCCGAGGAUGCCACGUACAUCGCCCAGGAUCUUCAUAGGUUCUUCGACACUGUCGAUUGGCGAUUGAUGGAAGAGAAUCUCUGCUGGUUGCGAGCGCCACCCCAGCUUGUUCGAUUGCUCCGAAACUUCUAUACGCAAGGCACCAGAGUUUUCGCGCAUGCUGGCAUGCUUAGUUCGCACUUUCAGCAGGUCUCCAGAGGACUGCUGCAGGGAUGUCCGCUUAGCCCGUUGGUUGCUGCUACUUUCUUGAAGGUGUGGGGAAACCACGUUUCCAGCUCCAGUGUCAAAGUGACGUCCUUUGUGGAUGACAGAACCAUCUGGGCAAAGGGCAGAGGCAAGAGCACCCUGGAUGUUGAGCACGCCCUUUUGAGUGCCUAUACCAGAAGCAAUGAGUUCGAUGAGGCCUGUGCCUUUUCUUGCCGCCCUGAGAAGUGUCAGUUGGCGGCUGCGGCUGUUGACACGCUCACUGUGCUGCCGCGGGCUACUGGCUACAAGGUGACCUCUGAUGAGUUGCGGUGCUUAGGCCUAGUCCACGCGCUUCGUGAAGGAGUCGUGCGCCUUGGUCCACAGGUUCUGGAGGAGGUCAGACUGCGGUGUCGGAACGUUGCUUUGCUGCCGUGUGACCUCGAGCAGCGUGCCAAGUUGUUCAGAGUCCUGGUCCAGCCGGUGUUCUUGUGGGCAGCUGGCCUUGUCACCUACGACGCGGAGUUCCUGCAGAAGCUUCGUUCUGAGUUUGUCUCUGUCUUUGCACGUGUCUGGUGUGUGGACACUCCUCUGCUCGUGGGCUUGGAACUAACCUUUGCCGCCGCCAUCCGCUACCAUGCUCGUGAGCCUCGGUGGUUGGAGACUGUGGGCCUCGACUUCACGCUCUUGCGAUGGCCAAAGCUUUUUCCUGGAGCACAGCAGUGUCUUACUGACCUGGGAUGGUGGGCGUCUCCGGACGGCAAGAGCAUCUCUAGACGAGAUGACAGCGGCCUGGUGCGAACCUUCGUGGUCGGGUUUGACUCUGUCAACGUCCUCCGCAGCUGGAUCGUGGACCAUGGUUCCCCUCGAGACCUCACCUUUGUUGGCAGUGCCCGGAUACCUCGGCGGCUCGAGCUGGCCCACCUGCGGCAUUGCAGUACGAGGCACGAGGAUCCGGUUCCGGAGCUGGCGAAGCUCUUGCGAACAGCCUUUGCAGAGGGCGACGAAGCUUACAUCGCCACUGAUGGCUCUGAGAAGGACGACGUCGCGGCGUGGGCCCUUUUCCUCCCUGCUGGAGGGCACAGAGUUGCAAGGCAGUGCUUGGGCCAAGACCAGACGGCCUUUCGGGCAGAAGUUGAAGCAAUCCGCACGUGUUUGCUUGCUGUGCAGUAUCUUGUAGCGGAAGGCGUGACAUUCCGUGGCAAGACUUUGUGCGUGGUGUCUGACUGCCAGGCGGCAAUUUCGCUUGUGAACACAGGUGAGGCUUCCUGCUUGCUUCUAGCUCGUGAGCUCUUCCAGCUGAAAAGAGAUGCAGAUAGGUCCAGUGCGGAGCCUCAGAGGGCUCCCUACGCCAUUGGAACGAUGUUGCCGACCGGGCGGCAAACGCAGCUCGUCAGGAAGCGGCCAACCGGCGGCGUGACCCAGAUCUUUAUGAUGUCGGUACUUUUCAAUCCUAUGGUGGCAUCCGGGAUGGAGCCAAAUGUCGCCUGGCGUGUCUCCAUGGUGGUGCCGGCGGUCAUGUUCGUGAUUUGCGCCAUUUGCAUGAAGCUCAUGUGUUGGGAUAUGCCUACGGCUCGCAAAUACGAUCCCACCGUGACCGGCAAGACACAAAAGCCUUCAAUGUGGGACUAUGUCGAGGUGCUGCGUGACGUUCGCGUCGUCGUCAUGAUCUUCCAAUAUUCAGCAUGUUUCGGCACAGAACUCGCAAUGAACAAUCAGUUGGCUACGCAUUUUCGGACCUACUUCCAGAUGGAUGCGGGUGAUGCCAGCGCCCUGGCGGGUGCUUUCGGCCUCAUGAAUCUUUUCGCAAGAUCUCUUGGUGGCAUCAGCAGCGAUAUUUGCUACAAGUACUUCGGCUUCCGCGGCCGCAUUUGGGCUCAGUUCCUGGCACUUUUUUUCGAAGCUAUCUUUCUAUUCAGCUUCGGACAAGUGGACAAUUCGCAGCCCUGGUACGUGGCCUUGGCAGUCUUGGUUUGCUUCUCGCUCUUUGUGCAGAUGGCUGAGGGCACCUCCUACGGCAUCGUGCCGUUCAUGAACCGGAAGCAGCUCGCAGUGGUGUCCGCUCUUGUGGGUGCUGGUGGAAACCUCGGGGCAGUGAUUGCAGGCUUCUGCUUUUACAAGCCGAUCCAGGAUGCCCUGCUGCCUUUCCAGGUCCAUGCGGGCUAUGUAAUGUUUUGGGCUCUUCUGAGCCCUUGUUACUACUGGUCCGAGACUGGUGGGAUGUUCUGCGGACCAGCACAAAGCUUCGAGAAGGGCAAGACCAAUAGCAGCGAGCCAGAGCCGCACACAAAGCCCGAGGCCACCAGUGAAAUCACUGUGUGA